UAGGGGUGGAACUGGCCAAGCAGCCCAUAUUUGCACACUUGUGGAUAAUCGGCGGUCAAAAAACGUGAUUUUUUUUUCCUUUUAGUAUGGCGUUUUCUCUGAAAGAUGAUCUUGGUCAAUCUCAUGAUCACUGGGAUUCAGAUGCUCCAGCUUUGUCUACCUGCAGUAAUGCUGAUAUAUUCCGCCGAAUGAACACAAUGUUGGGGAACUCUCUUGAUUUUACUGGUGUAUGUACUACACCCAUUAAUAAGGGUAGAAGAGAUCAAUUGUUGGACUUUCAGGAUUCUAACAUGCCAGCAGUUAGAAGCAAGAUGCUUUUUCCCACUGCUACACAGGAGACUUCUCCAGUUCUUCCUGAUAUAAAUGACCUGGGCUUGGGCCUUCAGUCCCUUUGCUUGAGUGGCUGGGACCGCCCCUGGAGCAACCAGGACCUUGAUGUGUCAAGUCAAACGAGCACUCCCUCUGCUUUGGGAGACCUCAGUAGUCCUUUGGAUAAGCCAUUGAAUUUCCCUUCAUUUGAUACUGUUGGCUCAGACUUCUUGGACAAGUUUCCUGUGGUACCUCAAAGGAAUCCGCGUCUUGAAUCCCGUUCAUUACUAUAUUCAAGAUCCAGCAGUCCUGCAGACUCUGAAACAAGUGGCUUUAGCUCUGGCUCUGAUCAUCUCUGUGACUUACUGUCCACUCUGCGAAUAUCUCCUCCCCUACCAUUUUUAAUGGGUGGAAUGCAGAGAGAUGCUGUCAAGCUUGGUGUUGGUUCCCAUCUUGAUCAAGACCAUUCUUCUUUGGUAUCCUCUACAUCCUCAAGUCUGUCUAAGAGAUGGCCUGGGACAUCUAUCUGGCCAAAUUGGGAUCUUCUAGAGCCUCAGGAUGAUCCUUUCAGCAUUGAACGAGAAGCCAAACUUCACAGACAAGCUGCAGCUGUGAAUGAGGCGACCUUCACUUGGAGUGGACAACUGCCACCAAGGAACUACAAGAAUCCUCUAUAUUCAUGCAAAGUUUUUCUAGGUGGCGUGCCUUGGGACAUCACAGAGGCUGGCCUGAUCAACACAUUUAGAGUCUUUGGCCCACUGACUGUGGAAUGGCCUGGUAAGGAUGGCAAGCACCCUCGCUGCCCUCCGAAAGGUAAUAUGCCUAAAGGGUAUGUGUACCUUGUGUUUGAAUCUGAGAAAUCUGUGCGUUCCUUGCUUCAAGCUUGUACUCAGGACCUGCUGAAUUCUGAUGACUUGAGUGAAUAUUAUUUCAAGAUGUCCAGCCGUAGAAUGAGAUGUAAAGAUGUACAAGUUAUUCCUUGGAUCAUUUCAGACAGCAAUUUUGUUCGUUGCCCUUCUCAGCGUCUUGACCCUAGCAAAACAGUGUUUGUAGGUGCCUUGCAUGGUAUGCUUAAUGCAGAAGCUCUUGCUAGUAUCAUGAAUGACCUGUUUGGUGGUGUGAUGUAUGCUGGAAUUGAUACAGAUAAGCACAAGUAUCCAAUUGGUUCAGGGCGUGUUACUUUUAACAAUCAACGCAGUUACCUGAAAGCUGUCAGUGCAGCCUUCGUGGAAAUAAAAACUCCUAAGUUUACUAAAAAGGUUCAAAUUGACCCAUAUCUUGAAGACUCAAUGUGCCAAGUUUGCAGUCGUCAACCUGGGCCUUUUUUUUGCAGAGAUCAGGCCUGCUUCAAAUAUUAUUGUCGCUCAUGUUGGCAUUGGCAGCACUCAAUGGAUUUUCUCAGCAAUCAUCGACCACUUAUGCGCAAUCAGAAGAAUCGUGAUUCUAGUUAAGCAGCAGCAGAACUGAAGGCUUUUCUACAUAACCUGCUGAGAAGGAACAGUUGCAGAUACCCUAACUGGGAGGAGCACAUCUGCAAAGACAAGGAGUAAAAAGUGUAGAAAGUUCACUAUUGCACUUGCUAUUUUUGCUGUUUACUUGUUCACGAUUGCACUAUGCACAGUGAAUUUUUUUGGGUGAUUGGGCACCCGCCAUUCUGCAGUUCCCAGACUUGUCACCAUAUUUGGAGAAGCAAAGUGAGGCCAGGGUUGAAGAAGGUGUUGAUGCAAAUGCCUUCAUUAUUUUUUAACUAGGUUUAUUUUUAAUAACAUGCCUUGCAUAUUUUUGACUUACAUUUGCAAGUAUCAUUGCCUUUCACUAUGGCAUUUGCCAAACAGUGCCUUUAAAUUUUUUUGGUAAUUUUUUUUUUUUUUUUUUCUCCCCCAUCUGAACUGCAUUACCUUUUCUGUGUAGUCAGUUGGUGCUUUUUACUCCCAAAGAUAACAGCUUGGCUUCAUUUAUCCUGCUACAUUUCAGAUUUUUAUGCAGUUUUUUUACCAAGAAUUCUUUUUACACAGCUGUUUUAAGUCGAGACAAUAUGGUGAAUUAUAUCUAACUGGCGGCUUUUAAAUUUUUUUAGGUUUUUUUUUUUGGUCUGGGAGCUGUUGGGAAAAAAUUAGUUUAGUUUAUGCAAGCAAAAAGAAAAAAAUUGAUUGGAUUAAUGGAAAUGAAACUGGACCGGAUAACUACUUUUGAGAUCUGUAUAUGUAAAUAGUUUUAAUGUUGCACUUUUUAACUUGCACUUAAAGGGUGAAUAGUGGGUUUUUUAAACACUAUUUUUGUCUGCUUCAAUAGAGGAACAGAUAUGGUCGGCAUAUGGCUAAGGGCUCUUGAUAUUUUAGGAGUUGGGAGGGGAAAUUUAAAAAGUCUUAAGUAUUGCUUGAAUACUGUUUAAAUGUAUGAAACAAAAGCCUAACUUGAUUCUAGCACAGAACUGUUGCCUUAUGGUUGGCUUUGUUUUACAUCCUGAUCUGAUUCUAUGUGCCAAAGAGAUGGUGUGCCUUCCUACAUGCAAACCCCCUUUCCCCUCCCUAAAUUGAACUGCUGAGCUUUAUGCCGUGUUGCCUAGCCCAGUUGCUUGUUUGUGAGAUGUUUCUGUUUUCUUUAAGAGCGUUCUACCUCAUUGUGGACUGCAGAGGCCCACCCUGCAGAAACAUAGUUGUGAAUUAAUGUUCUGACUUUGGGCACAAAUAAAAGUGUUAAAGCAUUAA